AUGUCGUCACUCAAAGCCAUCACACUUUACGGCCACGGCGCAACUCCCAACCCCCGAAAAGUCGCCAUUAUCCUCGAGGAGCUGUCCAUUCCAUACACGAUGAAAGAGGUGGACUUUUCCGAUAUCAAGAAGCCGCCGUACACGGACAUCUGCCCGAACGGCCGCGUGCCCGCCAUCGAGGACCCGAACACGGGCAUCACGCUCUGGGAGUCGGGCGCCAUCGUGCAGUACCUCGUGGAGACGUACGACAAGGACCGGGUGCUCACGUACGACACGGUGCCCGAGAAGUACCAGCUGAACCAGUGGCUUAUGUUCCAGAUGUCGGGCCAGGGCCCGUACUUCGGCCAGGCCGCGUGGUUCAAGGUAUUCCACCCAGAAAAGCUGCCAAGUGCGCAAGAGAGGUACGUGAGGGAGGUUGAGCGCGUCACCAGCGUCCUAGAUGGCUGGUUGCAGAAGCGCAAGUUUCUAGUCGGCGACAAGCUCACGUACGCGGAUCUGGCGUUUGUGCCGUGGGCGAAGAACGUCCUGUGGCUGGACGACGAGAAGACCAUCGACAUGGCCAAGUACCCUGCAUAUUCAAAAUGGUUGGACGGUAUGCUUGCCAGAGAGAGCGUGAAGAAGAUUUUGGGAUAG